AUGUCGUUCGCCCCGCCUUCCGGGCCUCCCCCGCCAUCGGUACCCGACGGAUGGAAAGCACAGUAUGACGAUCGAUACCACGCUUGGUUCUAUGUGGACCUUGCCACGGGCAAAUCGCAAUGGGACCGCCCCGAAGGCCCCCCACCACGCGAUGACGGCAAUCUUCCAACCAGUUCUCUCCCCCCAUCAUAUGGCAAUGCCGGGACUGGCGACCCAGCAGUGAUGGCCAAUGUGGGAGACCAGAAGCAACAUAUGGGAUCAAACAACCCCUAUAACCCUUCAACAAAUACUGGCCCAGGCAACGCCAGCCCUCACAUGAUUGACGAGGACGCACGACUUGCCGCCAAGCUCCAAGCCGAGGAAGACGCCCGGGCCCGCACACGAGGAGCCGGAGCCGGACCGGGAGAUCGUGGCGCUUCAACAGACUACUACAACGAUGCCUCGCGGCCGCAGUCCACCGGCCCAGGCGGAUAUGCGGCGGGCUCAGCGUCGCAAAGCCCGAUGCCUGAGCAGGAACAGAAGCGCAGCAAAGGUGGAUUUUUGAGCAAGCUGUUGGGCAAGAGCUCGAGCUCAAGCAGCAGGCCACCUCGGCAGCAACAGUAUGCCUCGUAUGCUCAGCAAGGUCCUCCCCCUGGUGGAUACUAUGGUGGUGGUGGCUACCCUCCGCAGCAUGGCCCCCAGCCUGGGUAUGGACAUCCCGGACCGGGCUACGGAGGUGGAUAUGGAGGAUACCCGCAGCAGGGUGGGUAUUACCAGCAGCAACCGGGUCGCAGGCAAGGUGGAGGAGGUAUGGGAACUGCCGGUGCUGCUGCUCUGGGUGUUGGAGGUGGUUUGCUUGGUGGUAUGCUGAUUGCCGAUGCUAUGGAUGAUGAUCAUGAUCACGAUGAUUACGGCGGCGGUGAUGAUUAUGGUGGUGAUGACGGUGGUGAUUGA